GUCGGUGUGUGUACCAAGCAACCAAAUUAUGGUUUAUUAUGUGAAUGAACCCAAAAGUGUUAUAUAAAGAGUUAGCAAGUAACAUGAUCUAAGAGCUUUAUUAGCUAAGCUAUCUAAACAAUGGAGGCUCUCCUACAAUUUCCACUCUUAAUAAUUCUUGUCACCUUACUCACCUACAUCAUAAAAUUCAUGCAAAAACCACCUUCCAAAUUACCACCAGGCCCUCCAAAGCUGCCUUUUAUAGGCAACCUCCACUUGCUCUCUUCAAAAAACACCCUUCCACACCGCCGUCUCGCCGAGUUGUCUAAGAAAUACGGCCGAGUUAUGAUGCUCCAACUCGGCCAAGUACCUACUAUUAUAGUCGCCUCGGCCGACAUGGCGAAAGAGGUGAUGAAAACCCAUGAUGCAGUGUUUUGCAACCGUCCGGAGCUCAUGGUAGGUAAGGAGGUGUUCUAUGAUUGUAAGGACAUAGGGUUAGCACCCUACGGCGAGUAUUGGCGACAAGUGAGGAAGAUUUCGACGCUCGAGUUGUUCACUGUGAAACGAGUUGACUCGUUUCGGUUGAUUAGGGAGGAGGAGACUGAAAAUUUGUUGAAGGUUGUUGGGAAGGAAGUUGGUUCUGUUGUUAAUCUCAGCAACAAGUUUUUUAACCUUGCUUGCGAUGUUAUGUGUAGAGCAACUUUUGGUACAAAAGGGAAGGAGCAAGCAGCAUUGAGAGCAUUUACAGCAGGAGUAACCCAAACUUGCACUGGUUUUUGCCCUGCAGAUGUCUAUCCUUCAGUCAAAUUGCUUCAAGCAAUCGGUAAAAGGAAAUUUCAAAAAUUUACUAAGGAAUCUGAUAGAAUACUUGAUCCUAUAAUUGCAGAGCAUCAAUCUAAAAAGGAACAGGGUAAAAUGGAGGAAGAUUUGGUGGAUGUUCUUUUGAAAUAUCACAAGGACCACGUUGACAACCCUAAUGAUUUUUGCUUGACAACUGAUAACAUUAAGGGAGUAAUAUUGGAGCUUUUGGGAGGUGGAAGUGAAAAUUCAUCAGCCACAUUAGAAUGGACAAUGUCGGAGUUACUAAAGAAUCCAAGAGUAAUGGAGAAGGCACAAAUCGAGGUACGAGAAGUAUUAUGCCAAGAUAAAGGACUUGUUAAUGAGUCAAAGCUACAUGAGCUCAAGUACUUAAAACUGGUAGUAAAAGAAGCCUUAAGACUCCAUCCUCCAGUCCCUCUUUUGGUCCCUAGAGAAUCUAUGGAGAGAUGCCAAAUCUAUUCUUAUGAUAUACCUCCCAAAACUCGAGUCGUUGUAAAUGCAUGGGCUAUUGCAAGAGAUCCUGAAUAUUGGACUAAUCCUGAGGAAUUUUAUCCUGAAAGAUUUGAAGAUUGUUCUGUGGAUUUUAAAGGAAACAAUUUUGAGCUAAUUCCCUUUGGAGCAGGUAGGAGAAGGUGUCCUGGUAUGACACUAGGGAUAGCUAAUAUUGAACUACCACUAGCAAUGUUGCUUUACCAUUUUGAUUGGAAGUUAGCUCAUGAACUUCGACCGGAAGACUUGGACAUGGAUGAAUCCUAUGGUUUGACAAUGAGGAGGAAAAACAAUUUGUUUGCCAUUCCUACCCCUUUUAGUUGAUCAACUUUGAAUUGAUCGAUGAAUUUCUUAAUUGAAUAAAGACAUUAUAUAUUAUUGUAAUCAUCGGAGAACAUCACUCAUGUACACUUGUUGAUGUAUAUCUUUGAUUAUUAAUAUAUUAUAUACGAAAUUAUGUA